AUGUUCCCGUCCAGCAAGCUAUUCGGCUUGUGCCCAGACUGGAGCACAUGCAAAGCCUUCCGCUGCCCUUUCUCGCACACUCCGCCCAAGCCAGCGCCCACCGCUCGACCCACCGCCUCGCCAAGUUCAGCGAUCGCUUCCGCUUCGACGGUCCCCCAGAAGCGCUCGGCGACCGGUCAAGGGCAAAUUACGUUGACAGCAAAGCGAGUAGCAACGGCAGCUGCGGCGCAGGAGAGGGUGAAGAGUCUGGUUGGCCUCGACAUUGGCAGUGCGGGUCCUUCUGCGGGUCGCAGCGCGAACGGGACAGGUGCAGGGAGCGGUUCUGCAGCGUCAACGUCGAAGGUGAAGCUUGAGGACCUGCUGAAUGCCGGUCCUCCUACGCUUCCCAUGCCAAAGACUCUCACGCACACGCCUGCGGUCACUCGACAGAAGAUGUUGAAUGCGCUCUAUCACCAAUUCCUCGAGAUCUACUCUCCCGGCAUUCUUCCUACCUCACUUCGCCAGCAACUCGCCUCUGAGCAUGCGUUGCGACAAGAAGAGUACCUGUUCUCCCGAGCAACGAAGGCGACCUACCGCAACUCGAUCAUCUCCGCGCUCGCGAGGCUGAAGAAGCGGCCACCCGCUCGCUCAGUCGAGGAGACGGGCACGCUGGAGGAGGAGGCGGAGCGGAAUGCGAGAAUGGCAAACGAGGAGAAGGGUCGCUUGACGGGCAAGAGGGUGGCCAAGUUCGUCCACCCAGUCGAGACGCUGCGGAAGUUCAGCUAUGUCGUCGAGGUCCCGUCUGGGCCGGGCGGUGACAGGUUGACCGAGGUGGGUAACCCGAUUGUGUGCGAACGGUGCAAAAAGGAAUGGGUGGUGUCGUCUACGUUGACAGAGGAGGAUAAGCAGGCGUGCCACUACCAUUUCGGGCGAAUGGUGACGGAGAAGGUGGCCGGCGUUCGGCAACGGGUCUACUCGUGCUGUCCAGCAGUCGGCGCGGCACCCUGUCAAGUCGGACCGCAUGUUUUCAAGGACGAAGAUCCCGCUGUCCUGCACUCCCGCGUCCCCUUCGUCACCUCCGCCUCACUCCGCCAGACAGCCUCGCCAGAUCAUCCUUCGUCUGUCGACAUCUGCGCGCUCGACUGCGAGCUGGUCUACACCACGGCCGGCAUGUCGCUCGCCCGCGUCACCGUCCUCUCCUCGACCGGCUCGAUCCUGCUCGACGAGCACAUCCGGCCGCCCACAGGUGUCACAAUCCUCGACCUCAACACGCGCUUCAGUGGCGUUCAAGACGAGGACUUAGAGAAGGCGGUCUUGGAUGUGAACGGCGUGCGGAAGGCGCUGGCGCAGUUUGUCGACGAGAAGACGAUCUUUGUCGGACAUGGCCUGGAGAACGAUCUUAAGGCAUUGAGGCUGGUGCACACGAGGGUGAUCGACACGGCUAUCCUCUUCCCGCAUCCAAACGGCGGCACCUGGCGUCACUCGCUGCGCAAUCUGACAAAAGACAUCUUGAAGAAGUUCAUCCAGGAGGGCGACCCAACGAUUGGUCAUUCCGCUCGCGACGAUGCGGAAGCUGCGCUUGAGCUUGUGAGGUGGAAGGUCAAGCAGGAUGCGGAAGGCAAGCUGUAG